CGAGACAAGUGCGGAUGGCAUGCUCCCAGCUAAUGAGUUGGAUGGGUUCAUGAAUGCCAUCCUGCGAUCACGGAUCUCCCGCCGAGUCAUAGCAGAACAACACCUCUCACUUACAGAGACUUUUCAUUCGCCCACAUUUACGCCCGGCGUGAAAGUACAGGACACCGACUUCAUCGGCAAGGUCUUCUUGAAAUGUAACGCCGCAGACACUGUCCAGCGUUGUGGACGCGCCGUCCUCGAGCUCGCCAGAUCUGCGUAUGGAGAAGACGUAGUACUCCCGGAGAUCAAGUUAUCGGGCCAUCUAGAUGCCAAUUUCCCGUUCAUCCUCAGUCACAUGGAGUACAUCACCGGUGAGCUGCUGCGCAACUCCGUUCAGGGUGUCAUUGAAAGACAGCUGCAAGAGGGUGCAGGGAAGUCGAAACCGCCGCCAAUAGAGGUCACCAUCUGCGAGUCCUCAAAACACGUCGUGAUCCGCGUCUCCGACCAGGGCGGCGGCAUCCCGCGGGACGUCCUGCCAUACCUAUGGUCAUUCUGCAAGGGCCCACACAGCCAGCGGAUCCUCUCGAACCUGACCCAAGUGCCCAUGAUGGCCGCCACGCUCCAGGAGGUCCGCGUCGACGAGCCCCCGGAGAGCGACCAGAGCAGCGAGAGGACGAGGCGGAGGCGGCCGAGCACCAGCUAUGUGAGCUCACUGUCAUCCCUGACCAGCAGGCCGCCCAACUUGAGGUUGGGCAUGGGGUUACCACUCAGUAGGAUAUAUGCCGAGUACUGGGCAGGGACUUUGGAAUUACAGAGUCUUUGGGGCUAUGGCGUCGAUGUAUUUUUCCAGGUAUCCAAGUUGGGCAACAAGAACGAGCAGCUGCUGACGAGGGCCAUGAUGGAUGCCGUGUAAGGGACAGGAGUUGGCGCAUUUCCCGAGUGACGAGCGUGUGUAUAUAGACAUGUCAGCUACGCCUCGAUGACGGGUCGGGCGCAGGAGCUGGUAAUCAAGGAGGCGGUAUUUUGCAUCUUAACACAGGUCCGGGUGCAUUUUCAACCGCUUAGGGUAAAUUCACACUCAAGAC